AUGGGAGAUGAAGAUUGGGAAGCAGAAAUAAUCAAACCUCGUAUGUCUUACUAUGUUCCUGUGUUUGAGAAGGAUAGGUAUUCUUCUGGACCAAAUGGAGACUCUUUUAACAAGACUCCAGCUUCAUCAUCAGAAAUGGAUGACGGAUCUUCUCGAAGAGAUCAUUUCAUGAGAAGUGGGUUUGCCUCUGGAAGGAGUUUGGGAAACAGAGAUCCUGGCGAGUCUAAUAAAAGAGAAAACACGUCUACAGUGGGGGGUUUUGGAAUUGGAAAGAGUUUUGGAAACAGAGGUUUUCCAAAUAACAAGUUUGAAGAAGGUGAUAGCUCUGGUUCCUGGAGAGAGUCUAAUAAUGACUGUGAAGAUAAUCAAACACGGAACAGAAGGUUUUCCAAGAGAGGCGGCUAUCAAGAUGGCAAUGAUUCAGAAGCCUCAGGGUCAUCUAGAAGAGGUGGAAGAGGUAGUUUCCGAGGUUGCCGUGGAGGAUUUGGUCUAGGAAGUUCAAAUAGUGAAUAUGAACAGGAUGAGGGGACCCAGCGCCCUGGUGGCCUUUUUGGUUCUAGAAGAUCAGCAUUGAGUGGUACAGGUAAUGGUGAUACUUAUCAAAGUAGAAGUGGUAGUGGAAGUGGACGAGGUGGUUACAAAGGUUUAAAUGAAGAAGUAAUUACAGGCUCUGGAAAGAAUUCUUGGAAGUCAGAAGCUGAAGGAGGAGAAAGUGGUGACACUCAAGGUCCAAAAGUGACCUACAUACCACCUCCUCCACCUGAGGAUGAGGACUCCAUCUUUGCUCAUUAUCAGACAGGCAUAAACUUUGACAAAUAUGAUACUAUUCUUGUAGAAGUAUCUGGACAUGAUGCACCACCAGCAAUUCUGACUUUUGAAGAAGCUAAUCUCUGUCAGACACUAAAUAGUAACAUUGCUAAAGCUGGUUAUACUAAGCUUACUCCUGUGCAAAAAUACAGUAUUCCUAUUAUACUAGGAGGACGAGAUUUGAUGGCUUGUGCUCAAACAGGGUCUGGAAAGACUGCAGCUUUUCUCUUGCCAAUUUUGGCUCAUCUGAUGCGUGAAGGAAUAACUGCCAGUCGCUUUAAAGAGCUACAGGAACCAGAGUGUAUUAUUGUAGCACCAACUCGAGAAUUGAUCAAUCAGAUCUAUUUGGAAGCCAGAAAAUUUUCUUUUGGGACUUGUGUAAGAGCUGUUGUUACGUAUGGGGGAACCCAGUUCGGGCAUUCAAUUCGACAAAUAGUGCAAGGCUGUAAUAUAUUAUGUGCUACUCCUGGGAGACUGAUGGAUAUCAUAAGUAAAGAAAAGAUUGGUCUAAGACAGGUCAAAUAUUUAGUUUUGGAUGAAGCUGAUCGCAUGCUGGAUAUGGGUUUUGGACCAGAAAUGAAGAAGUUAAUUUCCUGCCCAGGAAUGCCAUCAAAAGAACAACGUCAAACCCUUAUGUUCAGUGCAACUUUUCCAGAGGAAAUUCAGAGGUUGGCUGGGGAGUUUUUAAAGUCGAAUUAUUUGUUUGUUGCUGUUGGACAAGUGGGUGGAGCAUGUAGAGAUGUUCAGCAGACCAUUCUCCAAGUUGGCCAGUACUCAAAAAGAGAAAAACUUGUCGAAAUUCUACGAAACAUAGGUGAUGAAAGAACUAUGGUCUUUGUUGAAACUAAGAAAAAAGCAGAUUUUAUUGCCACUUUUCUUUGUCAAGAAAAAAUAUCAACAACAAGUAUUCAUGGUGAUCGAGAACAGAGAGAGCGAGAGCAAGCUCUUGGAGAUUUCCGCUGUGGAAAGUGCCCAGUUCUUGUUGCUACUUCAGUAGCUGCUCGAGGGCUGGAUAUUGAAAAUGUUCAACAUGUUAUCAAUUUUGAUCUUCCUUCUACCAUUGAUGAAUAUGUUCAUCGAAUUGGGCGUACUGGUCGUUGUGGAAAUACUGGCAGAGCCAUUUCCUUUUUUGAUCCUGAAUCAGAUAACCAUUUAGCACAGCCUCUAGUUAAAGUACUGUCAGAUGCUCAACAAGAUGUUCCUGCAUGGUUGGAAGAAAUUGCCUUUAGUACAUAUGUUCCCGGCUUCAGUGGUAGUUCAAGAGGAAAUGUGUUUGCAUCAGUUGAUACUAGAAAGAAUUUCCAGGGCAAGAGCUCUUUGAACACAGCAGGGUUUUCUUCUUCACAAGCUCCCAAUCCAGUAGAUGAUGAGUCAUGGGAUUAAGGCUGAAAGAACCUUCAAGUUUGUGGUACAGUUUUGAUGCAGAGAAGAAAAUAGUUUUGAUUUUUGAGUUUUUAACAGAAGUGUGAAGCUGACACUCUUCUAUCUCCUGUCCUUCUGUUCUUACUCCCACCCUUAAAAAAAUCCUUACUGACUAGUUAUGUGUAAUGCUAAAAGUUACAGUGUUGCAGUUACUGAUAAAAAUGGUGUUAACCAGAAAGAUUAAAGCAUUCUAAACGUCGUGC